AAGAACCAAACAACUUGCUGACAAUUUUGAGAAUGGCAUUGGUCGAGAAUUGCAUGAUCACUUGGUUGCAAAGGACAAAAAAAAUAAACAUACAAGUUAUAUUUCAGGCUGCUAAACUUUAUGGUUUGGGAAAAAAGAACAGUCAGGAUGAGAUAAAUAAAAGGAAACUUACUUCAGCAAAUGGAGGAAUACCAGAACAUAAAGGAGACAGCAAAAAUAAGACAAAAUAAAAAGAAGAACAGCAAGGAAGAGAACAUUUAUAGAAUUUAGAUUAGUGAACUUAAUUUACAGUCCUCAUAUUUAUGAAGAAAUCCCAGUCCUUUUAUGCCAAGUAUAGAAUUCAGUUACUUUAGUGGAUAGAUGGAAGCCAGGGAUUAGAAAGUGAAAUCUUUGCUGGGGAACUGAAACUUUUGGAGAGAGAAAAAAUGGAAAGAAAAGACACAGGAAAGAGCAGAAACAACAAGCAAAAAGGUCCCUGGUUCGACAUGUAUCUUCAGGCACGGGAACCCGUUAUUCUUAACUUCAAUCCAUUCAUGGCUUUCAGUCCUGACCCCAAACCUGAAUACAACAAUCAGCUUGUGAAAGCCACCAACAUGACUGUUGCUGCUUUACGUUUCUUGAAGACUCUUCGGGCAGGCAUCUUAGAACCAGAGGUGUUUCAUCUAAACCCGUCCAAGAGCGACACUCCAGCGUUCAAAAAGCUUAUUCGAUUUGUGCCUUCUUCUCUCUCAUGGUUUGGUGCCUACAUGGUGAAUGCCUACCCACUAGACAUGUCACAAUACUUCAGACUUUUCAAUUCCACACGGCUGCCUAAACCCAAGAAAGACGAGCUAUUUACAGAUGAGCAUGCCAGGCAUUUACUGGUGCUUAGAAAUGGCCACUUCUAUGUGUUUGACGUGAUAGACCAAAAUGGCAACAUAGUGAAACCAUCGGAAAUUCAAGCCCAUUUAAAAUUCAUCCUUUCGGACAAAGCUCCAGUUCCAGCAUUUCCUCUUCCUUAUCUAACUACUGAAAAUCGGGACACCUGGGCGACUCUGAGGCAGGAACUCCUUGACAAUGGCAACAGGGAGGCCUUAAGGAAAGUGGAUUCGGCUAUAUUCUGCCUGUGCCUUGAUGAUUUCCCAAUUAAAGAUGUCGACCAUUUGUCUCGUACUAUGCUCCAUGGCGACGGCACAAAUAGGUGGUACGACAAAUCGUUUAAUCUUAUUUUAGCGAAAGAUGGCUCUGCAGCAAUUCACUUUGAGCACGCUUGGGGAGAUGGUGUGGCUGUGCUUAGGUUCCAAAACGAAGUCUUUAAGCACAGCACAGAGACUCCUGACGUUACUCCUCAGUCUCUGCCGGCUACCUGUGAUUCGCACGGAGCUGUAGAGAAGCUGAAUUUCAAACUGAACGAUGCCUUAAAAGAAGGAAUCACCAUAGCCAAGCAAAAUUUUGAUGCCACUGUGAAAACACUGACGCUGAAGUCCUUCCGGUUUGAAAGAGGUGGCAAGGAAUUCAUAAAGACACAGAAACUGAGUCCUGAUGCCAUAGUCCAGCUUGCCUUCCAGAUGGCUUUUCUACAGCAAUAUGGACAGACAGUUGCCACCUAUGAAUCUUGUAGCACAGCAGCAUUCAAACACGGUCGCACCGAAACGAUCCGGCCUGCUUCGGUUUACACAAAGGCGUGCUCAGAGGCAGUAGUCAAGAGGCCGUCCAAGCACAAUACCACAGAGCUACGCCAGAUGAUCACAGAGUGCUCCACGUAUCAUGGUCAACUCACAAAGGAAGCUGCUAUGGGUCAGGGAUUUGAUCGUCACCUUUAUGCACUGCGACGUGAAGCAGAAUCCCAAGGAAUUUCUUUGCCAGAUUUUUACAAGGACCAAGCUUAUUCCCUGAUUAACCACAACAUUCUCUCCACAAGUACUUUGAGCAGCUCAGCGGUGUUCCUGGGUGGAUUUGGGCCGGUGGUGCCUGAUGGAUUUGGCAUAGGUUAUGGUAUACAAGAUAACUGGAUCGGGUGCAAUGUUUCUGCUUAUCCAGCUAGGAAUGCACCAGAAUUCCUGCAGUGUGUGCACAAGUCACUGGAUGAUAUUUUUGAUAUUUUAGAAGGGAAACAAAUUAGUAAUUAAGAUAGAUCAGAACUGGCUUUCUUAAAUGUGUGACAUAACAAACUUCCUUUGGCUCAAGGUUAAUGUUUUAGCUGGACUAUGACCUAUUUAUCCUUUUAAAAAUAACAGAUUAAGGUCUGGAGAAAAAGAAAGAAAGAAUGUAAAUAGGGUUAAAGAGCUGGCCCACUGGAUUUUUACAUUUGCCAUGACUAAGUUGUUACGCUGAUUUUAAUGCCUGUUCUCCAAAUGUGAUUAAGGCCAGCUCCAACUCAGGGAUUGUAAAUGGACUUCCAAUUGUAAAAAAAAAAAAAAGUCUUUAUUAUCUAUCAGCCAAUAGAAGCUCUUGCAGUAUAAGACUGUUUGAUACAUCACUGAGUAUUUUUUGCUAAUAUAUGUGUUUGAUUAAUUUUUAAAUAUACACAAACUAAUUAUAUCAAAUAUAGGAAUAAUGGUUGGGUGACAUUUAGAUAGCAACACCUCUUUUGCGAGAUCUUGUGUUAAAAGACAAUCCAAUAUUAUAGAUUUAUUUUUGUAAAAGGAAAGAAAUCUUGACUAGCAUGCUUGUUGGAGCAGAAAUGUUCACAUCCUUCCAGAGUUCUGCCUUGUGACACUCAAGUGAAACUUUUGGAAUCCUUACAACAAACAGCUAUAAGAAUAUUCAGUAAGGCAAGCAGCAAAUUUACCAAAGAAGAAGAAGAAAAAAAAAUCCUGAAUGUAAAAUGAAGGAUUUUUCUUCAUCUAGUCUCUUCCUUCACUAAAGAUGGAAGAAAAUGGCGAAAAAUACUCAAAGGGAAAAAUCUUGUAAAAAUGCCCAUUUUCUGUGUCUAGUACAGGGGUCUCUAACCUUGGCAACUUUAAGCCUGGUGGACUUCAAGUCCCAGAAUUCCCCAACCAGCUUUGCUAGCUGGGGGAUUCUGGGAGUUGAAGUCCACCAGGCUUAAAGUUGCCAAGGUUGGAGACCCCUGGUCUAGUAAACCAAAGUUAACAACUGCAGAGAAUGAUAGAAUUGUGUGAUUAGAAGUAAAACUCUAGCUGAGACAUUGGUCAGCAGGCAUGGUGUUCAUUGUAACUGAAAAUAUGAUACAGGAUGCACACUUGUGUAGAAAAAAAAAUCUCCCCCCAAAUAAAUGGGGUGGAAGUCAUGUAAAAUGACUACUGUCAAUGACUUCUUCAGCUUCAACCGCAAUAAUACACGGGCAAACAAUAGAUACAAAUUCAAAGUAAACCGCUCCAAACUCGAUUUCAGAAAAUAUGACUUCAACAAGAGUGGUCAAUGCCUGGAACUCACUACCUGACUCUGUUAUUACAUCCUCAAACCCCCAAAACUUUAACCUUAAACUGUCUACUGUGGACCUCAAUCCAUUCUUAAGAGGUCUGUAAGGGGGCAUGCAUAAGCGCAUCAGCGUGCCUACUGUCUCUUUCCUACUGUUCCCAUUUAUUCUUACUCAUUUAUUAUGUAUAUACUUAUACCUGUUUAUACUUACCGUAUUUUUCAGAGUAUAAGACACACUUUUUUCCCUCCUAAAAGAGGCUGAAAAUUUGGCUGUGUCUUAUACUUCAAAUGUAGUUUUUUCAAAGCUUUUUUUUAGCCCUAAUGAAUGAUCGAGUGAAGCGAUCUCUGUGCUAAGCUUUUUUCAGUGAAGCGAUCUCCGUGCUUUGCCUGCUCCCUCUGACUUUCAGCUGUGAAGCUUUUUUUCAGCCCUAACGAGGUGCUAGAGAGUGAAGUGAUCUCCGUGCUUUGCCUGCUUUUCUCAUUGCUUCUCCCUCCAAAGAUUGGUUGUGCUAUAGAAGCCGUUUUUGAUCCCCAAGCAGGGGAUAAAAAACAGCGAACUAAUGUGUUGAAGCUGGCCAGACUAAGGACGCUAGCAGAUGAAUACCUGGUAGCCAGAUUUUUUCCCCCCCUAGUUUCCUCCCCCAAAACUAAGCUGCGUCUUAUACUCCAAAAAAUACAGUAUAUGUUUAUAUGUUAUGUUCUUACUUAUACUUGUUUUCUCAUACAUGCUUGCCAAAUAAUAAAUAAAUAAAUAAAUAAAUAAUUAAAUUAAAUUAAAUUAAAUUAAAAUAAAAUAAAAUAAAAUAGCACACACAAGGAAAUAACAUAUAUCUGUAUCUGCUCUGAAAGCUUAAAGGAAGAUAAUGCAGGUAGUCCUUGAUUUACAACCACAUGGGGGCCAGGAUUUUCAUUGUUAAGCAAGGGCGUUGUUAAAUGAUUCACACCUGGUUUUACGUUUUUUGCCAUGGUUUAGUGAAUCAUGUGAUCAUUAAUUGAAGCCAGCUGGUAAGGUCGCAAAUGGUAAUCACGUGAUCUUAACAUGCUACAACCCUCAUAAAUACAUGCCAGUUGCCAACACCCAAAUUUUGAUCACAUGACUGAAGGGAAUGCUGUGAUGGUCGUAAGUGUGAGGACCAGUCAUAAGUCAUUUUUUUCCAGUGCUGUUGUAACUUUAAACGGUUACUACAUGAAUGGUUGUUAAGGACUACCUGAAAUACCAGUCUGAUUGAGCUUCCAGCUGAAAUGUAUCCUGAAAAUUUUCUGUUGAAUAAAUGUGACACAUUUUAUAUGUAUGUCAUGGAGAUUCUGCCAUCCAGGUCAUGGUUGUCCUAAAGGUGCUUUUCAAGAGGCAACUGGACUUUCUUGUUUUUUCUUUGAAGACAUUUCACUUCCAUUCACCAUCAUCCAAUCAGAGCUGAAGAAACUUCUUGAAUGAGAAAUGAAACGUCUUCAAAGAAAACCAAGUCCAGUUGCCUCUUGAAAAAGCACCUUCGGGACAUUUUAUGUUGAUAUACAUCUGUCUGUGUAUAUAUGUUUAUUAGAAGCUACAUACACACAAAAACCAAAAUAACUGAUAACUAAUGGUGGUGCCUAAGUAAAAUUUAUUGCCUAAAAAUAAUUAAAAAUAAGGUUCUUCAUUUAGAAAAUGCACAGAAACAUAAGAAUAUGGCUCAUAUAUUCCUUUACCUUCCGAAAGAAUCAAGACCUCCCCCAGCCCCCCGCUUUCACCUGGAACUAGUCAUAUUUUCCCAAGAGGAGAUGCUUAGGGUCCCCAUCAUACCAGAGGAUAGAUAUUAAGGAACAGCUUGAUUUCUGAGAUUUGGGACUGAUGCCCACUUUGUUGGCCUUAUGGAAGGCUUUUGAGAAUGAUCCUUUUCCAAGAAGCAUUCAGCCCUUUUGUUUCAUUAUUUGGUUGAUGCUUGGGCUGGUUUUAAAUUGGUACUUUUUUCUUAUUUUGUAAUUAGACAUUUUAUGAAGGGCUGAAGGGCCAUUGCGCUUUUUAGUUCUUGUUAACAGCCUUGCUUGUAUUAAGGACAAUAGGACAGAGGUGGGAUCAAGGGAAAAGGGUAAGAAGGAAAGGAAAAAAGGGAAUACCAUCAGCUGGGGAUGAGAAGUGAUAGCUUGAAGUGCUAAAAAACUAGACAAGCAGUUCUUCCCUAGCAGUAGCUUAUUUUCAGACUCUAGUUAAAAGCAUCUGCUCUUGGGUGCAGGGAUGUCUGCAUGCAUUGUAUUCAUGUGGAUUAUAAUGUUUUCAAUUGUCUUCAGCGUGGUUGUUCAGCAGUUAAGACACUGGGCUUGUGGAAUGGAAGCCCGCAACCCAGGUUCAAGACCUGAGUGCCAUGCAACAGGGUGAGUUCCUGUCUUCACCCAAGCUCCUGCCAACCUAGCAAUUCAAAAACAUGCGAAUGCAAGUAGAUAAAUAGGUACUACUUUGGUGGGAAGGUAACAGCACUCCUUGGCAUCAUGCUGGUCACAUGACUGCAGAAAUGUCUUUGGAUAGCACUGGCUCAAUGGCCUUGAAAUGGAGAUGAGCACCGCCUCCUAUAGUCGGCAAUGACUAGUGGAGGGAAAUCUGCAGGGAAUCCUUUAUCUCUCUUCAUUUAUAGUACAUUUAAGCGUCACCCCCAUCCUUACAAUUCAUCAUUAAAUAUACAAUAAAGUAUAUUUAACUUAGAAGCAUCCAACACAUUGUUUUAUUUCUAAGAUAUUCAGAAUAAUUUUGCUUUUUCUGAUAUAUUAAUGUAUACCGUCUGCAUCUGUUAAAAAUGCUACACUUAACAGUGCUAUAUGUAUACAUGUAUUCUGAAUAAAGCUCAUUGGAAUUGGA